AUGGCGCGGGAGCUGAGCCAGGAGGCCGUGCUGGACUUUCUCUGGGCGGCAGGGGGGCGAGCCCCCAACACGGCGCUGCUCCGCCACUUCCAGCGAUUCCUCCGCGACCCGGCGCUGACGGAGCAGCAGCGGCGGGAGCGCCGCGAGUACUUCAAGAGCCUCGUCAACUCCCUGGCCACCGUCCACCCCGCCGCCGCCCCCGGCGCCUCCAAGGACAUCGUCCUCCGCCGCAGGUACCGCGACCUCCUCGAUGAGGAGCUGCCGCCGCCGGAGGAGCAGCGGGAGCAGGAGGAGGAAAAGAACGAGCCGCAGCCGCCGCCGCCGCCCCGACGCGACCCCGACGGAGCGGAGGGGGCAUCGCCCUGUCCUCGGGCCCCUGGGCGCUUCGUCCCGGCGCCCGUGACCGAGAUGCCCUUGCUGAAGGCCCCACGACCCUCAGCAAGCCCGGAGAGGCGACCCCCCGCCGGACCCAUCCCGUCCCCGCUGCUGUCACCGGGCCCCAGAGCGCUGUCCCCGCGCGACCUGCCCCCUUCCCGAUCCUUGCCGUUGCUGUCCGCCCCGGAGGUGCUGCCCCUGUCCCGGUCCCUGCAGGCACUCCCUGCCAGCCCCUCCUCAUCGCCACUGCUUUUGUCAAGCCCCGAGGUGCUCGCUUCCACCAGGCUGCCCCCAUCGCAGUCCAGGUCCCUGCAGCAGCUCCCCACCAGGCCAUCCCCAGACCUGCCGAGGGGGCCCAGGGGGCUGACCCCCAAGGGACCAACCCAACCUCAAGUCCUGCGACUGCAGCCGUCUCAAAGCCUGACACUGCCGUCAGGCCCUGGGAUCCUGCCCCCCACCAGGUCCCCUCCACCCCAAUCCCUGCCACAGUCCGCCACUCUCCCGUCCCCAUCCCGCCCCCUGCAGCCACCCCUUGCCAGGUCGCCCCCAUCCCAGUCCUUGCUGCCAGCACAGGGCCCCGCAGUGCCCCAAGCCGCAGAGAGCCAGCCCCCAGCACCACUGCCUGUUUUCCGGAGCAUCAGGUGCCAGCUCGCUUUGUCGGAGGCGCAGGGCAUCCCCCCCUCAGCACACGACGACUGUGGGCGGCAGCCCCGCUCCGUGCUCGCCAAGAGCUCCCCCAGGAACGCCGCAAGCCGGGGGCCCUUGGUGCCGCUGGGACAGCGGGAGCACGCCUGGCUGGUGGCAAUGUCAGCGGGCUGCUGGGCUCAGGUGCGGGGGCUCUUUCUGGAAGAGCCUGAGCUGGCCCUGCAGAGGGACUUCAUAUCAGGCUUCACGGUCCUUCACUGGCUGGCCAAGCACGGCGACGGGCCGGGCCUGCAGGAGCUGGCAGCGGCGGCGCGGCGGCUCGGGCUGGCCCUGGACGUGGACGCCCGCUCGGGCUGCGGGUACACGCCGCUGCACCUGGCUGCCAUACACGGCCACCAGCUUGUCAUCAAGGUGCUGGUGCUGCAGCUGGGGUGCCAGGUGCAGGUGCGGGACGGCAGCGGGCGCCGGCCGUGGGAAUACCUGGGCAGCUCCACCUCGGGGGAGAUCUGGCAGCUCCUGGAGGCACCCCGCGGUACAAUCAUGUUCCCCACGCAGCCCCUGGCCCGCAGCGGGUCCUCGGUCAGCAAGGUCUCGCCGUCCACCGGCAGGGCAGCGCUGCCUGCCUGCCUCAGGGUGCAGCUCGGCCGCGGGGCAGUGUCACACCAAUCCGGCAGCGACAGCGACUGA